AUGGGUCGCUUAUUACGCGAUUGGGUGGAAGAUUUCUUGCGGCAGUAUGCUUAUUUAGCUCCGUUGUUUAUUGUUUUUAUUGUUAUGUGCAAAAGAAUUAUAACACGCACGUACGCGUGGGCGGCGGCGCUGCUGCUGCUGUGCGCGCUGCAGCUGGGCGGCCCGGGCGCGGGCGUGGGCGUGGGCGUGGGCGUGGACGCGCAGCUGCACCUGCAGCAGCUGCUGCACCCGCACCCGCACCAGCUACUGCACCCGCUGCCGGCGCCGCGCGACCCCUACCACUGGCUGCACGUGCCGCGCCACCCGCCGCUGCACCCGACGCUGCCGGCCGUCGCGCCCUCCCCGCACGCCACGGGCUUC